AAAAAAAAAGUCCAUAUGAUUUUUUCUUCCCACUAGUCUUCGUUUUCUAAACACAUCACCCAUACUUCUCUCCAUCAUCAUCAUCAUUCAUCAUCGCCAAAAUCCCCAAAGAACCUCAGAUUAGGGUUUCUAUUUCACUAGUUGAUCUGCAAGUACUGCUCACAAUUUUUUCAAAUUCUUCACUAAUCAUGGAGAAUCAACAGAAGCAACUCCAGCAAGGCGUGCCGGAGUUGGCUUCUUUGGCUGGUCGCGAAGAGAGUUCCGUCAGAGGAAUCGAUCUUAUGAGAGUUGAUCAAUGUGAAGAGAUCGGUGUUAACCAAGUUCCUGCUCUCUCUGUACCUGCCUCCACGGUUGCUGGGGCGGUUGCUGUGCCUAUGUCCAAUGAGCAAGAGGUUAAAGUUAUUGAUGAAGCUGCCCCAAUAAAACGAAAACGGGGGAGGCCUCCAAGGGCACAGGCUAAUACGCCGUUGCAUAUUCGUCCACCCCCACCGCCGCCGAAGAAGGAAGACAAGGAAGAAGAUGUUUGCUUUAUUUGCUUCGACGGUGGAGACCUUGUUCUCUGUGAUCGCCGGAAUUGCCCCAAGGCAUACCAUCCAGCUUGUAUUAAGAGAGAUGAGGCAUUCUUUCGAACAACGGCCAAAUGGAAUUGUGGGUGGCACAUAUGUGGUACAUGCCAAAAAGCUUCCAGUUACAUGUGUUAUACAUGCACUUUUUCUGUUUGUAAGCGGUGCAUUAAAGAUGCUGACUAUGUGAUUGUGAGAGGUAACAUGGGUCUUUGUGGCACAUGUAUUAAGCCUAUAAUGCUGAUUGAGAAUAUUGCUCAAGGAGAUAAUGAAGCGGUUAAGGUGGAUUUCGAUGACAAGCUUAGUUGGGAGUAUCUAUUCAAGGUAUAUUGGCUUUGCCUGAAGGAAGAGCUGUCUCUAACUGUUGAUGAGCUUACUAGAGCAAAUAAUCCUUGGAAGGAGGUUCCUAACACUGCUCCCAAAGUGGAGUCACAAAAUGAUCAUACCAAUAACAGAGCUUUAGAUGUAGCAGUAAAUGGAACAAAAAGAAGAAGGACCAGUGAUUCCCCUACCUUACCCAACAAGUUGGAUGGCAAAAAUCCAAGUAAUAUCCUAAAGAAGGCUCCUGGAGAUACGAGCUGGGCAACAAAAGAACUCCUCGAGUUUGUGUCGUUCAUGAAAAAUGGCGAUACAUCUGUUCUAUCUCAGUUUGACGUGCAGGGUCUUCUGCUUGACUAUAUCAAGAAAAAAAAUCUUAGGGAUCCUCUUCAGAAGUCUCAAGUUCUUUGUGACCAGAUGCUUGUGAAGUUGUUUGGAAAACAGCGAGUGGGUCACUUUGAAAUGCUUAAGCUUCUAGAGUCUCAUGUCCUUAUUCAAGAGAAACCGAAAGGCGCUAAGACCACGAAUGGUGAAACUACUCAUGCUGUACCUAGCCAAAUAGAGGAGGAUAGUGUUCAUGAUCCAAUGGUCAGGGAUAGAAGACGGAAGAUGCGUAGGAAAACUGAUGGCAGAGUACAAAAUGAAAAUCUGGAUGCAUACGCAGCCAUUGAUGUUCACAAUAUCAACCUGAUUUAUUUGAGACGUAAAUUUUUGGAGUCUCUUCUUGAUGAUAUCAACAAAGUUGACGAAAAGGUGGUAGGCACAAUUUUGAGAAUCAAGGUAUCUGGCAGCGACCAGAAGCUGGAUAUUCACAGGCUUGUUCAAGUUGUAGGUACAAGCAAGGCAAUAGCAUCCUACCAACUUGGCGCAAAGACUACAGAUGUUAUGCUUGAAAUACUGAAUUUAGACAAGAGAGAAGUCAUCUCGAUUGAUCAAUUAUCAGACCAGAAUAUCACAGAGGAUGAGUGCAAACGGCUGCGCCAGAGCAUAAAAUGUGGCCUCAAUAAACGUUUGACUGUGGUUGACAUCUUGAAGACGGCAGCAACACUGCAAGCCAUGAGAAUCAAUGAGGCUCUGGAAGCUGAGAUAUUAAAGCUCAACCAUCUCCGUGAUCGGGCAAGUGAGAAGGGGCAUAGAAAGGAGCUUAGAGAAUGUGUAGAAAAGCUGGAGCUUCUAAAAUCACCUGAGGAACGUCAGCGGCUUCUGCAGGAAGUCCCAGAAGUUCAUACAGAUCCAAGCAUGGAUCCAAGUCAUGCAUUAUCAGAAGAUGCAGGGUUGGGUACAAGGAAACAAGAUAAUCACGUAAAGGCACAAAGUAAAGGUCCACAGAAUAAAGGGGUUAACUUGAACAACGUGGGAAAUAAUGUGCAGAAAAAAUAUGAUGCACCAAUUUUGCGAAGCAGAAAUAACGUACAUGCUGAUAAAGAUGAUUGUUCUAAGGUCCACAAUAACUCAUCAAAUAUCCAGGAAACUGGUAAAGAUGACGAGGAGAGUGAAAUAUGGCAUUAUCGAGAUCCAACAGGAAAGACCCAGGGACCGUUUUCUAUGGUGCAGCUCCGUAGAUGGAAAUCUAGUGGCCAUUUUCCCCCUUAUCUUAGGAUAUGGAGAGCGCAUGAGAACCAAGACGAGUCUGUGCUUCUGACUGAUGCUCUUGCUGGACGGUUUGAUAAAGCAACUACUUUGCCGAGUUCUUCUUCGCUUCCCCAAGAACUAAAACCGUCUCCACACGAUUCUGGCCGCACUGGCGCGGAUGUGAACUGUCUUCAGAAGAACCAGAUGCCAGUUAACACCAGUGCAACCUCCUCUUCCUCCUCUACUGUCACUGCCCAUUCUAACGAUCCUAAAGAGAAACAAGUUGUGGCUCUUGUAGCUUGCUCUGGAAAAGUUGAGGAUGGUAAUUCUGUUCGUCCCCAGCCUCAAGUUAGUUGUCCGGCGUCGAUCUCUGUGGUUCCUGGACACGUUGUUACUCCUGAUGUAAGAGAAACUCCAGGAACUGAUCAAUACAAUACUGUGCGGGCAGAUGGUAACCAUAACACAACUAAGACUCUGGAGGAUGAAACAAAUGGUGGUUCUGUUUCCAUAAACGGUUCUGUUCAUGCACCAAACCUGAAUCAAGAAAGUCAUUUCCUUGAUUUCCCUAGUCCUACACCUAAGUCGAGCCCUGAAGACUUGGAAGCUCAAGCGGCGGAGACUAUCCAGUCUCUGUCUUCAUGUGUUCUGGUCAAAGGGCCAUCUGGUGUCACUUGGAGCACCACAACCACAAGUACAACCGAUGCUGCUACUACCACUUCAAGUGUUGUGGUUACUGGAGGACAGCUUCCUCAAGUAAUUCAGCAGAAUACUGUUGUUUUAGCUGCACCGUCUGUAAAGCCAAUUGAGUUGGCAGCUGAUCACGCCACAGCUACUCAGACUUCAGACAACACCCAAGUGGCUCAAGCAUCUGGGUGGCCGGCCAUUGUGGCUGACCCCGACGAGUGUGAUGAAUCAGUUUCAGAUCUAUUAGCUGAAGUUGAAGCAAUGGAGCAGAACGGUUUACCCUCUUCACCCACCUCGACAUUUCACUGUGAUGAUGACGAUGAUUUGAAAGGGCCCGAAAAAGAUUUCUUUAACCCUGUGGCACGCAUGUCUCUCACACCUGAAACAUGUAGAUUGGAUGUCUCUCAGACGAGUAUCCUCGACAAUGUCUCUGCCGGGAAAAGCUCAAUGCUUACAGAAGCAAAAGACAAUACUCCCUUCAGCCACUGCGGAACUGCUGGUCCAGAGCUCCUGCUUUUUGCACCGCCACCGCCACCGCCAACUGCAAUAAGUCACGACCUGACUCUAACGACAACGGCUCUCAGACUAGGAUCAGAAACCACAGUUGAAGCUGGAACGGUCGAGAGGCUUCCUAAAUCUGUUUUGGGAGUAAGUUCGGAACCAAGCCCUAGAUCAUUAUCAUCUCAUGACUCAAGCUCAGCCCGUGGAAGCACCGAGCGAAGUCCACGAGUGAGCCAGCCAAAGAGAUCCAGCGGGCACAGCAGAGACCGGCAGUGGUUGAACAACGGUCACAACAGUAGCUUCAACAACAGUCAUAAUAACCGGCAAUGGCCAUACAGCAAUAGCCAUGGGUAUGACCAUGGAUCAGGUUCGUAUGCAGCCCAUCCGCCCAAAGGGCUGAAAAUAUGUAAAUUCUAUGAGAGUGGAUACUGCAAAAGAGGUGCAUCUUGUAGUUUUUGGCACCCCUGA